AUGGCGCUCGACGGCUUGGACCAUUUGGUUAGUAGGUGCCCCUCUGUUUUGAAAGAUGCCAUUAGGAAGCUGAACACUGGGGAUUCCACUGCAUUUGCUCAGCCGACUUUUGUGGUGCCAAAAUCUGAUAUGCACCUGGAAUUUUUGUCUCUCCUCGAGUCCAAAGAGAGAACGGAUGUGACAUUUCAGAAGAGAAAACAGGGAGAGAGAAAUGAUGGCGAUGCUAAUGUGAUGUGGCAGCAGUUGCUUGUGGCAGCAGAUAGGUAUGGUGUCCAGGGGCUGAGGCUGGCGUGCGAAAGAAGGUUGGGCAGCUACAUCAACACGAACACAGUGGCUACCAUCCUUGCGCUAGCUGAGCAGCACCACUGCCGGCGGCUCAAGGAGGAAUGCUUGGACUUCCCUGCUCAUCUCAAACAAGUUAUGGCGGUCGGUGGUUUGGACCAUCUGAGAAGCAUCUGCCCGUCUGUCCUGAUAGACCUCGUCGCCAAGCUCACGGCACUUAAGCAUAAUAGAUAA